AUGUUUUUUAAGUUUAACAAAAUUAAAUUUAAAGAUGACUUGGUUAAUGACUUUUAUUUCAUUAUAAUUUCUCUUACAUAUUACUUUAACUAUGGAGCUGUUAAAACUAACAUAUAAUUCUUUAACAAUAGAUUAAGAAAUUAUAUUUCAACAAAAAUUAGAAGAUUGGUUGGGUCUUUUGUCAUAAAUCAGACAGUCUAGAAUUAUUAUCUUCUUUGCCAUUAUUCAAUUAUAAUAAAUAUCUUAUAGAGUGGUUCAAUCUCUAAAGGUAUAGUAGGAAAAUAAAAAAAUAAUUUUACUAAAGUCAUCAUUACUAAUUCAUAAGAUUGGCCAACAGCUUUAAAUAAUCAAUUUUUUUCCUUAUUCCAAGACUUUAUUAAGUUUAGAAGUUAACUUUAUUGGAUAUUUUAAAUAUAUAUUCAAGUUAUAUUUUCGAACAAAUGA